UCUAAGAGAUACAGAACCCACCAUGGGUAAACGAAUGAGAAGAACCAGAACGCUCUGUUGCUGCGUAUCUCCACGAGUUUCACAUCUCACUCCUCACGCCAUCUUCUCCUGGUACGAAGAGGACCUGUGGACAGAGAUAGCUAAGUUCUUGGAUGGAAAAUCUUUGGUGAUGCUUUCAGCAACUAGCAAGUGGUUCCGUCGUAUCAUUAUGGAGGACAGCAUAUGGAAAUAUGCAUGCUUGCGAGACCUCCAGGUUCCUGAUCCUGGAAAAGCAUCUUUCAAAUGGAUCAACUUAUAUGCAACAGCCUUUAAUGGAUGCCACUCUUACAAGUUCCGCCAGCAGGAGAAGCAUAUUGACUGGAUGCGCAUUGGAGCAUUUUCCUUUGACUCGCAAAAUGCACUCCUGACAAAUAAUUUGAUCCUUCCCUUGAAAAUCCAUAAGGAGAAGACAACAGAGAAGAUGUUGGAGUCAAAUGGGUGCUGUGUGGUCAGAAAUAUCAAGAGUGGAAUCUGGAUUGCUGAUUUGCAGCUUGUUCGUUGUCCAGUCUGUGACCUCAACACAUGUGAUGGAACAAUGCAGGUAUUAGAUGCAAGACACAUUGAACUGUUCCUAAGUGAAGGAUACCAGGAUGGAAGUUGGGACUAUGAAUUGCUGGGUUCCCACGAUGUGAAGAAGCAAGUUGAUGGAGCAUCUGCUGGUAUAUUUGAUACCAAACAUCUCAAGGACUGCUCAACUUCUGCUGUCCUUAAUCUCAAGUCAUGGGUAGGAAAGCCCAAGGAUUGGCAACCAAAAGCUAUGAUAGCCCCUUAUGCAGUUGCAGUCAACACAAAUUUGCAAGAGAAUGAAGGUCUUCACAUAAAAUUCCAUACCAUGAAGUCCGGGAAGAAUGGUGAAAUUGUUUCAAUGAGAAUAUGUGAGCAGCUCCUGUGAUUUUGUCAAAUUCUGCCAAGUCUAAUCUUACUGUCUACAAAACCAUAGUUCAUUUUGUCCAGCAAAUAUCAGCUAUAACUCCAUAAAUACAACAAGCAGCCACUAUCGACAAGUUUCAGAUGGGUUGUAAGUUGUAACCCACCAAGUAUACCUAGCAAAUUAAAAGAAUAUAUACACUAUUUGUUAGCAAAUGAUUCUUGUUUGUAAAAGUAUUACUAACUAGCCAAAUUAGCACAGGCAAAAUUAGUAAUCUGCAGCCUGUAACUUUUUUUAUGGCUUAUUCUUUCUUGUCCUCUAACAGAAGCGACCUAAUAAUAAAUAAAUGGACUUUUUAAGCUUUAACUUGUUCUGAGUUCCCAAAGGCAGUAUUUUAAAGGAAGUUGAACUGUUAACAUCAUCUUAUCUGUUUAUACAUCGUACAACUUGGAUUUUAUAACAUCUUUGGCGUGUCAACGAACUUGAACUUAUGACUUUUUAAACAACGUAAUAAGUUAAUGGAAUUCUCUAUGCUUUGCUAUUGGCUAUUGCUGAUAGCAGUUUGAUUCUUUGAUAUA